AUGCUGGCCUCAACAGUCAACAACGAUGCCGUCGAGAAUAUGCUGAUGCUGCUAUUGUGCUCGGGGGCGAAAUACAUUUGCGAGUCGUUUGCAGUGGUGGCCGCGAUGCCAGAACAGGCGCUGCUCCUGGCUGCAACUGCUGCAAGUAUUGUUCUGAUGCUCCAGUCUCACGCUCUCGCUCUCCCUGCUGCGAGCGAGCGUGCUGCUGGGUCUGAUCGGUGGAUCUCAGUGCUGCUGCUUUUCGGCCAGCCAGACCUACUCGCCAGCCAACCACAACCCCGUCUUCCCAACCCCGGCCCCGAACCCAAAUCGUGCAGGAUGAGCCUGGGCCCCACUGAGGCUUAA